AUGGUCAGUUUAAUGCGAAGUUCGAAUACCUCCGGUGGCGGUGCUGUUUUCUUUGAUGCUUCUUUGAACAUGGAUGAUGAGGAAUAUCUUCAACCUGUUCUUACGUCUCAGGAAGAGGAACACUUUCACAAACUAGACACUGCACCGAUUGCAUCAAUACCAUUGAUCUUUGGUGUUGCAUUGGAAAUUACUGGAAUAAUAUUUGUCUCGUUGUGGCCAAAGGAAAAGGACAAAUGUGAUACGUACUUCAUAUUCCUCUAUCUUCAUUGUGUAUACUGGAUGAUUGUCAUGGUUACGGAUUAUCUCCUGAAAUUUAAGCAUCAUGGUUUACGGAUAUCGGGAUACCUCGAUUUCUACCAGUCCACAUACCAGCACAUUAGAACGCCACUUUUCAUAGCAUCCUUAUGGAACACAACUUACCUACUUCUGGUAGUGAUUUUGCAUCAUACACAUAAACUGGACUAUGAGAAGUACUGCAGAGCAUCGGAAUGGUUCACACCAUUGAAUUACAUUGUACUCCUAACAACUUUUGAGUUGAUAAUCAUCGUGCCUGUUUAUGUUAACUAUAUCAAACGAGUCCUUCGCUUUAAUCGUUUACGUCCGCCACCGGAUGUAACACGUGAGGAAUGGUUGGCUUCGUUUACUCGAGAUUCGUAUGCCGGCAGCGGUGAGGUUGGCUACCAACAGAGAGGUUCGAACGUGGCGGAAUUAUUAGAGAAGCAAGCGGAUUUAAUUAGAUAUUUAAGAGACCAUAACGUCAAGCUGAGUCAUACGCUGAUGCUCUUCGCUUCGCAACGCAGGGCGACGGAGCCGUAGGUGGUGUAGCAGGUCAUGAGCUUAAGAAUAGAGGAUCACUAUUUACUACUCCUUGCUGGUCUACGGUCUAGAGAAUCGUCACGAGCCUUGUUCUGCUAGACAAUGCUACCGAAACAUCAUGGAUGACUGAGUCGUCCUCGGGAAGUCUAAACAAACGAUAAAUUCGGUUGGCUCGACUGCCAGACGUUUUCGACGUGUAGAAAAGUAGUGCUCGUCGAGUGCGCUGGCGUUCUGUGUUCAGGGAGGAUUCAAUUACGUGCUCGAGCGAGGACACAAAUAUCUUCAACCGCCAAUUCAGGGUGACUUUACUUCGAAUUUCCAUUUUUAAUGUGUACUGUGCGAGGCUGCAACUAUAAGGGAUGUUCUUUUAUGCAAAUUGCCGGUCGUCCCUCCUUGCAGUACCCGUGGCUAUUUGUACGGGUCGAUUACUGCCGUCUCUACGUUUUAUAUAUCGAUGGGAACAGGCGAGGGGGCAUACAUGAAUAAUAGUAGUCAAGAAAAGAAAUAAAGAGUAACACAAAAGAGAAAUAAAAAAAUGCCAUACCUGGACACGUGCGCCCGCUUUGCCUCUGUGAUUCGGACUGCAUCGUCAGCGAGGUUCUUUUUUUUCUUUUUUUUUUUUAGUACAAAACGAGACAAUUUCUUGCGAAGGGGAUUAUUUUCAAGCUUUUGAAACCACCGGAUGAGAGGUAUAAAGGCUCUCUCAACCUGUUAAAAAAGAAAAAACCAAUAAUAGUGAUACGCAUACUUACAGAGGUUGGACCCAUGUUCCCGUUAGGCGACACUCGGGAACUCAUAUCGCAGUGUAUGUAUAUACAUUGUAACUUUUAGUAGCGGGAGCCAAUUCGCAAGUCGUGCGAGUUACGAUCACAGACAAUAAUAAGAGAGAGAGAGAGAGAGAGAGAGAGAGAGAGAGAGAGAGAGAGAGAGAGAGAAAGAGGCAAAGAGAAAAAGAGAGCGAGUGAGAAAGAGUAACAAGGGUAGAAGAGGCCGAGGAAAUUGACUGACGUUCAGAAAAAAAGAAACUUCCGGUGGAAACAUGCCAAAGCAUCCGGCGAGGCAGAGAGAACCAACAGAGGCAUCGAACUGUAGAACCGGUGACGUUAAGUAGAAGCCAGUUAAAAAAAAGAAAGAACAGGAGAAACCGUAUUUCGUGAUAGGAAGAAGAAUUUUUAAAUAUUUCAAUCAUUCCGAGGAAGUCUUGUGGU